AUGACGACGCAGCCGGCGGUGGGCGACCCUCUGUCGGACCUAUGGGAGCACCUGAUGUCGCCGAACAGGACGCACCUGUCCUGCUUCUACCCGAGCAAGAUCACCAUGAGCGGCAUCUGGACCGGCGACAACCCGCUCGACUUCUCCCUCCCGCUCAUCCUCUUCCAGAUGCUCCUCAUCACCUCCACCACCCGCGCCGCCACCCUCCUCCUCUCCCCGCUCGGCCUCCCCCGCUACAUCUCGGAGAUACUCGGCGGCUUCGUUCUCGGGCCCUCGGUGCUCGGCCGGCUCCCGCACUAUACCGACAUCGUUUUCCCCCCGCGCAGCAUCUUCAUCCUCGACUCCAUGGCCCUCCUCGGCCUCGUCUACUACAGCUUCACCAUCGGCGUCGAGAUCGAGGUGCCCACCAUCACCCGCGCCGGCUUCCGCAGCUUCUGGUUCGCCGGCGCGUCGGCGCUCCUGCCUUUCCUUAUCGGCGCCACCACCGGCUACGUCGCCCUCGGCACCGACGAUUCCCGUCAGAAUGCUGACUUCGUCGACAAACUCUCCUUUCCCAUCUUCCUCGGGUCCACCUUCGCCUCCACCGCCUUCUCCGUGCUCGCCCGCAACAUCGCCGAGCUCAAGCUCGCCGGUACCGACGUCGGCCAGAUCACGCUCUCCACCGCCCUCAUCAACGACACUAUCGCGUGGACUGGGCUCACCGUCGCCACGGCGCUCUUGUACGCGGAGGACAGUGGGUUGCUCUCGUCCGUGUGGACGCUCCUGUCGGGGCUUGUCAUCUUCGGCGCGAGUGUCCUCCUGGUCCGGCCCGCGCUCGUGCGGCUGGCGCAACGCGCAACCACCGAGGGGGAGGUAAUCGGUGAGGAGCGCGAGUGCGCCGUGCUUGUCGGCGUCAUGGUGGCAGCUCUCGUGGCGGACGCCGGGGGCACACACGUCAUCUUUGGGGCCUUCGUGUUUGGGCUCGCCGUGCCCAACGGGCCCGUCGGCGUGGAGCUGGUGGAGAAGGUGGAGGACUACGUGGUGGGGACGCUACUCCCGCUCUUCUUCGCCAUGUCCGGCCUCCGCACGGACACCUCCAAAGUUACGAGCAUGGAGGCCGCCGUGCUGCUGAUGGUUGCCACCUUUGCCGCGGCGGUGUUGAAGGUGGUCGCUUGCAUCGGUGUGGCCGCGGGGUUCGGCAUGCCGCUGCACGACGGCACGUCCAUUGGGCUGCUGCUCAACACCAAGGGGGUCAUCGAGCUCGUCAUCCUCAACAUUGCAAGAAACAAAAAGAUCAUGAGCGACCAGUCGUUCACGGUGCUGGUGUUCAUGUCGGCGCUGAUCACGGCGCUGGUGAGCCCGUUGCUGACCAUGGUUGUCAAGCCGGCACGGCGCCUCGUCUUCUACAAGCGGCGCACCGUGGCGUGGCCGCAGCCGGACGCCGAGCUCCGCGUGCUCGCCUGCGUGCACGUGCCCCGCGACGCCCCCGCAGCCAUCACGCUCGUCGACGUCCUGUGGCCCUCGCGGCGCUCACCCAUCGCCGUGCACGCCCUUCACCUCAUCGAGUUCGCCGGUCGCGCCUCGGCCCUCCUCUUGAUCAACGCCGCUGCCCCGGCCGCCUCUUCCUCCGAGUUCUCGGACCAGGGCCGGAGCCACGUGGAGAUGCAGUUCAAGCACAUCGCCCACGCCUUCAUGGCUUACGUGGAGAACCACGCGCCAGGCGGCGUCUUGGCGCGCACCAUGGCCGCCGUGUCGCCGUACGCGUCCAUGCACGAGGACAUCACCGCCGCCGCCGAGGACCAGCACUCGGCGCUCAUCGUGCUCCCGUUCCACAAGCACCGGUCGGUGGACGGCGGCAUGGAGGUGUCCCACCCGGCGAUCCAGUCGCUGAACGCCAGCGUGCAGUCCUGCUCGCCAUGCACGGUGGCCAUCCUCGUCGACCGAAGCCUCGGCAACGGCGGCACCGCGCCGGGUGGAGCCGGCGGGUACCGCGUGGCGGCGCUCUUCUUCGGCGGGCGCGACGACCGCGAGGUGGUGGCCCUGGCCACCCGCAUGGCGCGCAACCCGGCCGUCGGCCUCACCGUGAUCCGCUUCGUCCAGAAGGGCAGGGCCGGCAGCAUGACCUCGAGCGAGUUCGACGCCCUCAAGGAGCGGAAGGCCGACGACGGGUGCAUGCGGGAGUUCCUGGACCGGGCCAACGCCGGCGGCGGGGGCGUGGAGUACUGCGAGAGGGGGGUGUUCAACGCGAGCGAGAUGGUGGCGGAGAUACGGAACGUGGAGGCGGCCGGGAAGGACCUUUUCUUGGUGAGCAGGACGCCGGGGGCGACGGGACUGACGGCCGGGAUGUCGGACUGGAGCGAGUGCCCGGAGCUGGGGCCGAUCGGGGACCUGCUUGUGUCCAAGGACUUCCAGACCAAGGCGUCCGUGCUGGUGGUGCAGUCCUACGGGAGGGCGGCGGCGUCGGCGUCUUCCGAAUUUGCUGUUGGCGAGGCCGUCUUGCCGGCGCCAGAGGCCAUCAUGCCGGCGACCUCCAUGGGGCACCCGCCAAGGCGCCCACGACAACAUUCACAUUCUGACCUUAUGCUUUGA